AUGGCCCAGCCUGUCGCUCUCUAUGGCCUUGAGAUUCCUCCUGGCGAGGUUCUUAUCCCCGCCUCCCCCGAUUUCCCUGCCACUUUCCGCAUCACAAUGGCUGCCAUUGAUCCCACGGAGGCUCCCGAGGCCGACAGCGAUGGCAACAUCCCCUCUGUCCCCCGUUCUACUCUCCGCCUAGUCAAGCAGCGCUUUGGCGACGACCUCGAGGACGGUGAUGAUGAUGAGAUCGAUGAGGAGUAUAUGAAGGCUCUCAUCGCCGCCAACGACGAUGAGGACGACUCUGAUGACGACGAAGAGCCCAACGGUGGCCCCAGCGACCCCUCCAAGUCUAAGAAGCAGAAGCAGGCUGAUGCCAUCAAGAAGCUCAUCGAGGCUGUUGGCGAGGAGGAGGACUCUGACGAGGAUAUGGACGACGCCAAGCCCAACGGCAAGUCCAGCAAGAAGGGCAAGGGUAAGGCCUCCGACGAUGACGACGACGAGGACGAUGAGGAGGACAGCGAUGAUGAGGAAGGCCUUGACCUCGAGAACUUUGUCAUCUGCACUCUUGACACCGAGCGCAACUACCAGCAGCCCCUUGACAUCACCGUCUCCGAGGGUGAGAAGGUCUUCUUCGUCGUCUCUGGUACCCACACUGUUCACCUUACUGGUAACUACGUGAUCGACGCUGAGGAGGGCUCUGACGACGAGGACGAGGAUGAUGAGGAUGGCGAGUACGACUUGUCCCCUGAUGAGCUCGAAUACGCGAUGGGCGAGGUCUCUGACGAGGACAGCGAUGACCUCGACGACACCGCUGACCCUCGCGUCAUGGAGAUCGACUCCGACGAGGAGGAGGCUCCCAAGUUGGUCGAGACCAAGAAGGGCAAGAACAAGCGCGGUGCCGAGAGCCUCGACGACCUCAUCGCCGAGAGCAAGGACGACUCCAAGCUGUCCAAGAAGGACAAGAAGAAGCUCAAGAACAACAAGGGUGAGCCCGUCGCCGCCGAGGAGAAGUCCACCCCCAAGUCCGACAAGAAGGUUCAGUUUGCCAAGAACCUCGAGCAGGGCCCCACGGGCUCCGCCGAGAAGGCCAAGCAGGCUGGCAAGGCCGCCGUCGGUGUCAAGGUCGUUCAGGGAGUGACCAUUGACGACCGCAAGGUCGGCUCUGGCCGCGCUGUCAAGAACGGCGACACCGUCGGUGUUCGCUACAUUGGCAAGCUCGAUGACGGCAAGGUCUUUGAUGCCAACAAGAAGGGCAAGCCUUUCUCUUUCAAGGCCGGUAAGGGCCAGGUUAUCAAGGGCUGGGACAUCGGCAUCGUUGGCAUGACCAUUGGCGGCGAGCGUCGCCUUACUAUCCCCGCCCACCUUGCCUACGGCUCCAAGGGCCUGCCUGGCAUCCCCGCCAACAGCACCUUGACCUUCGACGUUAAGCUCCUUGAGAUCAAGUAA